ACGAUGACGCCAGCCCGGGCAGCGCCGAGAGCAGGACUGGACGCUGCGGAGUGGUACGUGUAGAUGUGACCAUGACGAAGUUAGCGCAGUGGCUUUGGGGACUGGCGCUCCUGGGCUCCACUUGGGCAGCCCUAACCAUGGGCGCUCUGGGCCUGGAGCUGCCCGUGCCGUGCCAGGAGGUCCUGUGGCCGCUGCCCGCCUACUUGCUGGUGACCGCCGGCUGCUACGCACUGGCCACUGUGGGCUACCGCGUGGCCACUUUUCACGACUGCGAGGACGCCGCCCGAGAGCUGCAGAGCCAGAUCCAGGAGGCCCGAGCUGACUUAGCCCGCAAGGGGCUGCGCUUUUGACGCCUCCAACCCCAUUGCAGUCCAGACAACCUCCCUCCCACCCCCCAUUAAAGAACAGUUUUGUUUUUUAA